AUGAAAACCCUUAUUCACAACAUUAUCUUUGUCCUUCUCGUAAUAUGGAAAUAUAAUUACUCUUUCAAUGUAAAUACAACUACGAAUAGCACAAUGUGCAUCGAAAAUGUGGCUGAAGAUUUAUCAAAACAACAAUUUGGAAGAAUAAUGACAGAAUCAUUCGAAAAUCAAUUAUAUAGAGAAGGUUUCGAUCUAAAUGUAAAUACUAAACAUAACAGUUUAUAUAACACUGCAUCCAUAGGAGAAAGUAACAAACAUGAUGAAGAAUUAAAAGAAUUGUGUUCCAAAAUAUCAACAAUAUGGAAAGAUUCAAUUGAAGGUAUGGAACAAGAAUAUAAUGAACAAACAGGACAUAUAGAAAAAUCAUGGAGUGAAGGAAUAUGGAAUAACAAAUGGGCUAAAUAUUUAGAACAUAUACACAACACCAUACAAAAGGAGUUGAAUAAUUUGAAUGAAUCUCCACAUAACAUUGAAGUUAAUAUCGCAUUCAUAAUAUCCCAUGUUUAUUCAGUUUUUGCACAGUUUUUAGAAGAAGUUAUUAAAGAUUCAAAGACGCUAGGUAAAAUGUAA